CAUAAAAGGUACAAAUGUAAGAGCCUGAAUGUUGAAGGGGAGACAAGAAUCGAAGAAUGGGUUGAUACAAAAAACAUCAAAAAAUUUGCUACACCCAUCCCAUUAAGAAUGUCUCUCAAUAGCAGAAAAAGAAGAGCAGAGACGCAGAUAAUCAGCGACAAUGAAGCAGAGCAAACCCACAAAGAAGAAAAAGAUAAACAACAUUGUCAAAUGAUCAGUCACUAUGCUAUCCCAGAUAUCCCAUCUCACAUUGUCUUCGAUAUCCUUUCAAGACUCCCAAUCAAAGCCCUCUUCAAUUGCCGCCGGGUUUGCAAACUCUGGCUCUCUCUAAUUGCAGAAACUUAUUUUGCCAAGCUCCAUUUCUCAAGAUCACAGGUUGGCCUCUUGGCCAAAGCUGUCUAUGAUAAACGGGAAUCAAGGAAACUCCAUUUGGUCGAUCUCCAAAUCGCCCCCUACACUCAUCCUCGUGAUGCCGGAAUGAAAUUGGCCCCAAAAAUCAACCUCCCCAAGAACCCUGGCAUCCCAAUUAUGCUCAACUCAUGCAAUGGCUUGCUUUGCUUGUGCGAGCCCGGAACCAAUGAACCCAUUUAUGUAUGCAAUCCCAUUUUGGGUGAGUACAUUACCCUUCCAAAAUGCUCCACUGGCACAAUUUGUGGUUGUGGUGGUUCUGCUUUUGGUUUUAGUUCCAUCACUAACCAGUACAAGGUGGUUCGGUCCUCCUAUCGAGUGGCUAUUGACCCUGUGACAGGUUUGCAAAUGUCUGGAGACUAUGAUGAGGCCGAGAUAUACACGAUUGGUGAAGGGUUAUGGAGAAGCAUUGGAAAAAUCCCUUACACUAUUGUCAAUGACUCUUUUGAUUCGCUCCUCAAUGGAGCUUUUCAUUGGCUUGAUUUUGACCAUAGUAGGCCGGAGUUGAUUUGUUGUUUUGAUUUUGGGAGUGAGCAAUUCCAGGUUGUUCCUGAACCUUCUGAAUUUGUUCCCCUUGAGAAACAUUUGUUGGGCUAUAUGCGUGUGGGAGUGCUACGAGGGUGCCUAUCUAUAUGUGAUUUUUCUAAAAAGGAUCAUGUUGCGAUAUGGGUGAUGAAGGAUUAUGGGGUUAAGGAAUCUUGGAGUAAAGACCUUGUCAUCGAAAAUAUCUAUGACAGGAAGGAGUGGGACUGUUACGAACCGAUAAUGAUUUUGAAGAACGGAAAAAUAUUGAUGUUAUUUAAUAGAAAUGCUCUUUUGCUUUAUGAUCCUAUGUUGGAAUGCUUCGAGGAUGUUCAUAUCUAUGGAAUUGGAUCAGACUUCCAUGGGAUUUCUCAUGUUCCAAGCUUGGUUUCACUUAGGGAUGUUGCAAAAGGAGAACAUUUGAAGAUGUGCAGAGCCUGAGAUGUUGAAAUUGAGUUGGCCAUUUUGGGAAGAUGUACAAAUAAACAGAGCUCUUACAGUGUUGCUUCGGAAAGCGGAGGUCGCCUUUUGUUCAUAGCUGUGCUGGAGCUUCUUGAAAGAGUGAAGCAAGCCAGACUUACUGCAUUGUCUUUUUGAAACACUUUACUUUUGAUGCCAUUCCAAUUUUCAUAUAGAUUUCAAUUGGUGCUGGUUUUUUUUUUCAGUUAGAAUAUGAUGAAUUUGCUGUCUGGUUCUAGUUCUCUGCCAUGGAAUUUGAAAGCAAAAAAUUACUGGGACCUUGAAUUUAUUGAUCUUUCUUUGCCAGCGACUACUUAAAAGUUUGACUCAGUGAUGGUUCAAAAAUAAA